GGCUGCCGACGUAAUAAAAAUGCGACACUCAGUGGCGAAGAAACAAUAAAAUGGCGUCUUACUGCAUGACAGUAGCCAGACUCCAGCUAGCUCUCGGAACUGGGGCAAAACGGUUUCAUGUCUCUGCUGUCUUCAGCUCCAAGGCCAAGGUGGCCAUGAGCCGCUUUGAGCCAGGUUCCAGCAUUGGUUAUGAGAAGAUGCACGAGAACAUCAACAUCGUACGCAGGAGGCUGAGCAGGCCUCUAACUUUGUCUGAGAAGAUUGUGUAUGGCCACCUGGAUGAUCCAGUGGGGCAGGAGAUUGACCGCGGACGCACUUACCUGCGAUUGCAUCCAGACCGCGUGGCCAUGCAGGACGCCACGGCCCAGAUGGCCAUGCUGCAGUUCAUUAGCAGUGGCCUGCCCAAGAUGGCGGUUCCCUCCACUAUCCACUGCGAUCACCUGAUUGAGGCUCAGAUGGGAGGAACUCAGGACCUGCAGAGGGCUAAGGAACUAAAUGAGGAAGUCUAUAACUUCCUUGCAACUGCUGCAGCAAAAUAUGGGGUUGGCUUCUGGAAACCAGGCUCAGGGAUCAUCCAUCAGAUCAUCCUGGAGAAUUACGCCUAUCCAGGGGUGAUGCUCAUUGGUACCGACUCCCACACUCCCAACGGCGGUGGCCUCGGCGGCAUUUGUAUCGGAGUGGGUGGAGCUGAUGCCGUAGAUGUCAUGGCUGGAAUCCCAUGGGAGCUCAAGUGCCCCAAGGUCAUUGGAGUGAGACUGACUGGAACGCUGGCUGGUUGGACCUCCCCAAAGGAUGUCAUCCUAAAGGUUGCCGGCAUUCUGACUGUGAAAGGCGGCACAGGGGCAAUUGUGGAAUAUCACGGACCUGGAGUUGACUCCAUUUCCUGCACUGGAAUGGCCACUAUCUGCAACAUGGGUGCUGAAAUUGGAGCCACUACAUCAGUUUUCCCCUACAAUCACCGCAUGAAGACAUACCUGGAGAAAACUGGCCGCGGAGAAAUCGUCUCGGUUGCUGAUGAGUUCAAAGAAGACCUGGUACCUGAUAAGGGCUGUGAAUAUGACCAAGUCAUCGAGAUCAACCUCAGUGAGCUGAAACCUCACAUCAACGGGCCGUUCACCCCUGACUUAGCCCACCCAGUGUCUGAGAUCGGGGCCAUAGCUAAGAAGAGUGGCUGGCCCCUGGAGGUUAAAGUUGGUCUGAUCGGCAGCUGCACCAACUCAAGCUACGAAGACAUGGGCAGAUCAGCCUCUCUGGCCAAGCAGGCUCUGGAUAAAGGAAUGAAGUGCAAGGCCCAGUUCACGGUUACGCCAGGCUCAGAACAAAUCCGAGCCACCAUCGAAAGAGAUGGAUAUGCCAAGAUUCUGAGUGAUGUUGGAGGAGUCGUUCUCGCUAACGCUUGUGGUCCCUGCAUCGGCCAGUGGGACAGGAGAGAUGUUAAGAAAGGAGAGAAGAACACCAUAGUGACAUCUUUCAACAGGAACUUCACUGCCAGGAAUGAUGCUAACCCAGCUACUCAUGCUUUUGUAACCUCUCCUGAGAUCGUCACUGCUCUGGCUCUGGCCGGGACCCUCAGCUUCAACCCAGAGACAGACUAUCUGACUGCACCCAGUGGAGAGAAAUUUAAGCUGCAACCUCCCAGCGGUGAUGAGCUCCCAUCCAGAGACUUUGACCCGGGCCAGGACACCUACCAGCACCCCCCUGCAGAGAGCGGCUCGGUCAAGGUAGAUGUGAACCCCUCCAGUAACCGUCUGGAGCUGUUGACGCCUUUUGACAAGUGGAAUGGGAAAGAUCUGGAGAACAUGAGGGUCCUCAUCAAGGUGAAGGGAAAAUGCACUACCGACCACAUCAGCGCCGCCGGGCCCUGGCUGAAGUUCCGUGGGCACCUGGACAACAUCUCCAACAACCUGCUGAUUGGUGCCGUAAACAUCGAGAACGACGCCGUCAACAAGGUGAAAAACCAGCUGAUUGGAGAGUACGGAGGCGUGCCAGAUGUGGCCCGCUUCUACAAGGCCAAUGGAGUGAACUGGGUGGUGGUUGGAGAUGAGAACUAUGGGGAGGGAUCCAGCCGGGAGCAUGCUGCCCUGGAGCCACGACAUCUAGGGGGACGCGCCAUCAUCGUCAAGAACUUUGCCAGAAUCCACGAGACCAAUCUGAAGAAGCAAGGUCUGCUGCCUCUGACUUUCGCUGACCCUAGCGACUACGAUAAAAUCCGCCCAGAUGAUAAGAUUUCAAUCAUCGGCCUCAAGUCCUUCGCUCCUGGCAAGCCGCUGACAGCCGUGAUCAAGCACUGCGAUGGAAGCGAGGAGUACAUCUCUCUGAACCACACCUUUAAUGAGACACAAAUCGAGUGGUUCAAGGCUGGCUCUGCUCUCAACAGGAUGAAGGAGCUCCAGUAGUUGUGAAGAGGAGAGAAAUAUGGAUCUAAUGUGAACAGCGGAGGGUAACCAGACCUGAAUCCAGCUCAUCUAUAGUCAUAAACAACAUAAAUGCAAGAUGUCGCUGUACAGAUAAAAAGCGCACACACAGAUACUUUAGCAUUUUCACAGCCCUCUUAGUUCACAGGUUGAGUUGCACAAAUUUUGUCAAACCAGCACAAAAUAAAAACUAAAUCCUGUUUUUUUUUUUUUAAGCAUAUUUUCUUCUUGUAACAUUCAGUUCACUUUCACAUGCAGAUUCUCACCUUCUACACUAAAUCAGAUGUAUUUUACUUCUGUUGUACUGGAAUCACGACUACAAGAAUUUAAACAAGCAGAUAAUUUAAUUAUUUUUGCAAGUGGGUCUAACAGUAAACAGGCUUGAUUUAAAUUUAAAGUAGUCAAAUGAGAAACUGAAUAUUAAUAAAGAAAAAACUUGAAGCUUUAAACCUCUUGUAACAAAAUCCACUCCAAGGUUAUUCGUGUUUUUCAAUGUAGUUUAUUUUAAGUGUUGUUCUCUGUAGCGUCCAAUGAAAUCAACUGAUAAUCAGAUUAUUUUUAAUUGUUUUUUUCGACACCUAACUGUGAAGUUAAGGGCGAUCCCAGAUCGGUCAUCCUGUCCUGCUUUCUGAUGCCGUUACCGACAUGUUCAGUUCACCAUUAUUGUCCCCGAAGGACAGCGGUUACACACGGAAACCACCUUGAGUUGAACAAAUGUCCUUGGCUGGUACUAAACUAACUAAGCUGUUAGAUUGCUACAGCUGUGCUAAAAAGGUACACAAAGCACGGCCCCAACCAUGACCUGUUUUUAGUCGGUCAUAAACUAACACGCUUAGCUGUAAUCCCAUCAGUCGUCUGUGCGGUCAGCUGCAGCUCACACUCCUCUCACUUGUUUCCAUGCACGUUUUUUUUUUUUUUUUUUUUAAUGCACAACCAAAGUUCAUCUGCAUCAUCGCGACAGUAUCCGGACACUCCCUAUAAUGCUGCCUUAUACAGUGCCUUGUAAAAGCUUUCAUAACAUCUGAACCUUUUAACAUUUUGUGAAGUUAAAACCACAAACUUCAAUGUAUGUUACAAAACCGUUAUUUGUCAAGAGCAAGUGGAUGAAAAUCUAGCUGUAAUUUACUCUAAGAUGAAAUUAUACACAAGUCUGUCUACUAAUACUGUAACGUUUGAAAGCAGUUUGCUGCACCUGAUUUUAUUCUGUUUAGGGAUGUCAGAGUAAGAUGUUCUGAAAAUAACUGAAUGCCACACUUCUCAGAUAUUUAUAUGUUAAGUAAAAGUACAAUUCUAAGUCAUAAUAAAAGACAUUAAAGGAUGUGUUUGUACUGUAACAAAAAGGUGGAAAGGUUCCAAUCUUAUAAAAGCUUUUGCAAGACAGUAUAAUUACUUUUGGUGAAAAAAGCUGUGUGAUUCCUCACAAACUAGACUAAAUUGUACUCAUUCUACUGUAGUAAAUUUACCAUAUUUUCUUUCUUAAAUAUUUUUAGUGUCCAGAAUUGUUUCGGUUUAACAAAAUGUCUGUUGUUUUCAGCCUCCUGCCAUCCUAUCUUAGCAGAAGUGAGCUCUUCAAGUAUUACUCAUGAAUAAACAAGCCAUUAUCAUGGUGUGUCCAUAGAGAAAACUAAACACAUGCACAAUGUAAAUCCUGUAGAGCUUCACAAGUCUGUCUGGUUUUUAUGUUGUUUGUUAAAUUGUCUGCUUGCUACUGUACUAUUUACUCCAAGGUGGCUAUGAUGAGAUUAUGUUCAUUGUCUCAAUCUCUGAACUGAAUGGUUUUUUUUUCCACUGUAAGGUGUGUUGGGAAAGCCGUUUCUCUAACAGAAGCUAACGCACAAUCUAGUAAUCGGGUGCCUGUACUCUUGAACUUAUAGAGUGAAGAAAAUUAUUUUAGUUUUGCUUUUGACUUCAUUUGUUUUUCCUCAUUACAAGUUCUACUUUUGACUAAAACUGAAAUACAACAAUUCAUCAUUGAUGGUAGAAAGACUGAGCUCCGUUAAAAACGGGCUUUAAAGUACUUGAAUCGGAGUGGUAAGGUGUAGCUGUGGUAAGGAGGUGCGAUGUGGCCUCAGUAUGUUAUUAAAUUCUUACUGCAUAUGACCAUGACCACCCUGUUUUAUUUCCCCUCUGAACAAAAAACAUUUAUCUUAAACUGUGAAUCAAGAUGAGGCUGUGCUGUUUAGUUUCAGAUUACGUGUCAGAUGACUAAUCUAAGGGUGGUCCACAUGAUGGCUUUGUCGUUAUGUUAACCUCAGGUGAACUCUGUGUGACCAAGCUCCUACUCCAGUGUUUUGAAAUGUCUUCUAAAUGUUUCUGGAAUAUGGAGGAAUGCUCUUUCCAAAUCAUGAUUGUUCUCACUUGUUUCUUUAAACUUGAUUUUGUAAAAGUAAUCUGCUGUUUUAUAGCUUACAAAGUUGAAAUAUAUUGAUAUUUACAAAUAUAAACAAUAAAUAAAAUCUUAAAUUAU